GAGAGAAAGAGAGACAUAUAUAUAGAGAUUUGAUGCUAUUGACGAUGAUGAUGGUGAUGAAAGGGAAGGAAUCCAUUCCAGUGAGCAUCAUGUCUGUCUUCAAUUCCUCUGCCCUCUACCCUAGGUUUCUUCUAACAGGUUUCCCAGGGUUUGAGGCCAUGUAUGGUUUGAUCUCCAUCCCCAUCUGCCUGGUCUACAUUAUAUCUAUAGCAGGAAAUACCACCAUUCUCUUUAUCAUUCAGACAGAUCCCUCACUCCACCAGCCCAUGUACUACUUUCUGUCAAUGUUGGCUCUGACAGACCUGGGUCUAUCUAGCACUACAUUGCCUACUAUGCUCAGUGUCUUCUGGUUCCAUGCCCGAGAGAUCCCUUUCAAUGCCUGCUUGAUUCAGAUGUACUUCAUCCAUGUGUUCUCUAUCAUUGAAUCUGCUGUGCUGUUGGCCAUGGCAUUUGAUCGUUUUGUGGCCAUCCGUGAGCCCCUGCGCUAUUCAACCAUCCUUACCAAUGGGGUAAUUAUUGGGAUUGGGCUAACUAUUGCUGGAAGGGCACUGACUUUGGUCUUCCCAGCCUCCUUCCUCUUGAAAAGGUUACAGUACCAACCCAUCAAUGCCCUUUCCUAUUCUUUUUGUCUGCACCAGGACCUCAUUAAGAUGACAGUAUCCAGUCGGAGGAUUAGCAGUAUCUAUGGCCUCAUGGUGGUCAUCUUUUCCAUGGGACUAGACUCAAUAUUGCUUCUUCUGUCCUAUAUACUCAUUCUGGCCACAGUGCUGAGCAUUGCUUCUAAGUCAGAGCGUGUUAAAGCUCUAAACACCUGUAUCUCCCAUAUCUGUGCUGUGCUUACCUUCUACACACCCAUGAUUGGGUUGUCUAUGAUCCGUCGCUAUGGGCAGAAUGCUUCCCCAAUAGUCCAUGUGCUCAUGGCCAAUGUCUAUCUUCUUGUUCCUCCACUCAUGAACCCUAUUGUGUAUAGUGUCAAGACCAAGCAGAUUCGCCUGCGCAUCCUUAAGAAGUUAAAAAAGCAAAAGGGAUAGGGGGACGCACAAAUUCCUUCCUCAAUAAUACUAAUUAUGCUUCACCUUCGUAUAGCAUUUAAUCAUCUCCCAAGUUUGAAAAAGUACAAUAUCAUCAAUAGUGAAUGA